AUGAUCACAUUCAAGGAUGACGAUGAUCGUGUGCUCGACGAGUACGAGUCGCGACUCAAUAUGUUGUCCGACAAUAUCUUUAUCUCAUCAUCAAACAACUACAACACAAAGAAGAAGGACAAUGAUGUAGAAGAGGCAACUACUUCAACUACUUCAACUACUUCAACAACUACAAAUAAUGUUACAUUGGAUUUGAAUGGAAGUAGUAAGAAAAGAUCAAAGAGCCAAGGACAGAUACAGUCUCCAAUAUUGUCAGACACAUCAUCAACUUCAUCAUCUUCACCAUCUCCAACCUCACCAUCAACAUCAACUACCUCAACAACAAAGUCACCAACUAAAUCAUUGUCACCAAUUGCCAAGUUGAAGUUGAAGAAGGAGAAGAAACAGCUCAAGAAACAAGAACAACAACAACAAGCACAAGUACAACAACAACAGGUAUCACAACAGACAUCCCCUCAACAACAACAAGUACAACAACAAACAAAGGAAAAAGAGAAGGAGAAGAAGAAUAAGGAGUGGACAAGUUAUGGAUCGUCAUCCAAUCAUAUUAAGGUGUAUAUUGCACCAAAGAAGAAACAUUAUCAGCCUGGUGAUGUUGUGAGAGUCAUUGCCAAUGUAAAGGUCAAUAAGCUACAGGUGUUAAAGGCGACUUUUGAAGGAUAUUCGCAAUCGAUUGGAAGUGAGGACAGCAUAUCAAUGACAUCGUCGACAUCGUCCACCUCCUCGUCUUCGUCAUCAUCGUCCUCGUCGUCAUCAUCAGACCGGUCAUCAAUCAUUGAACAAGACUUCUUGCUCUAUCCUACCGAGCUUGAUAGGUUGUCCGAGAGCGGCGGCGGUGGUAGCCUGAGCGGCUCAUCGAGGAGCCGGAGCAACACGGCCGGCACAAGCAGGGUCAGGAGCGGCACAAACGGCACCAACCUCACUAGGAGCAGCACAAACAUAUCAAUCGACGAGCUGGGCUCCAGAGAUGAACAACAACAACAGCAACCUGCCCUGACACAGGCAUCCAUCAAACAGUUGUCAAUGAUGUUGGCUCCGCCACAGGACGCGGCACAGUAUGAACGCAAGAACUCAGCCUCCUCGUCCACAGGCGACUUUGAAGACUUUGACGAGUUGGAGGACCUUGACGAGGUGUGGCACGAGGACAUGUUGCUAAAGGCUAGCAAGGCUUUGCAGCCACUGCCAGACACAUCGGCGAUAAGGAGCAGCGCAUUCGAGCCGCCUCAAUUCCAGAAGCUGGGCGAUCACUCAAUCAUCUCGCCCAAGAAGCAUCGGUUCGCCUUUGAGUUUGUGGUGCCGGCGCACCUGCCGCCAUCAUUCACCACCCACAAGUCUGCGCAUCACGGCGUGUUCUACCGGCUGCAUUUCUCAGGUCUGGGCGAGAUACAUAGCAAGUACAACAAGACGGAGCCGUCGCUUAUCAAGGGCUUUGAACUGUCCGUGCCCAUCCAAAUAUGGAACCCAACCUGCUCCUACCUGCCAAGAGAGAGGAUACAGAGCAACAGUCUGUUCUCCUCUUCCGAGACCUUUGAGAGCAAUCACAAUCACAUCAAGAUGCGAUCACGACUACUAGUCAACAACUUUUGUAUAAUCGACUCAUGUAUAUCUCUAAUGUUGUCAAUCGACAAUGAAUCCAGCUCUGUUAUUAAGUCCAUCAGUCUGGAUUUGAUCAAUAUCGUUCAAUCUGCAACCAAUCAUAACCAUAACCACAACAACAAUCACAAUCACAACCAUGACAACAAUGUAGAUCUUGGAAGUAGUGGCGGCAUUAGCAUGCUUAACAUCAACAACAACAUCAACAACAUCAACAACAAUAACAAAGAAACAACACAUAAGAUCUCUGGACAAACCAAGGAAGUGGACAUCAAUGCCAAGUCUAAAUACAAGACCAACCUGAAUUUCCUCAUUCCAGACGGUAUCAAUCCAUCCAUAUACCUCGACAACCUAAUCAACUCCUACCGAAUACGAAUCACCACAAACACUGGAAAGAAGGAACACAAUCACCCUCUCGAUAUCCCCAUACUAGUCGUGCCAGCAUCUCCAUCCACGACCAACAUCUUGUGA